UACAUUGACCCUCGUUGCAAACUUGUGUCCGAAGGUCAAACAUCUGCUGUCUGUGCAACUAAAGAGGGUCCAGACAUGAACAUGGACAUCUCCGCUGUAAACGCGCUCCCGUACGAGGAUUUUGUGAAUAUUUUCGGUAAUGUGGUGGAGAAAGCUCCCAUGGUUGCAGCUGCUGUGUGGUCCAGGCGUCCAUUUAUGAGUGUGUCUGCUCUGGAAACUGCAGUCAGUGAAUUCAUCGAUGCUCUACCAGAAUCAGGUAAAGAGGGAAUCCUCAGGUGUCACCCGGACCUCGCGGGCAGGGACCUCCGAAGCGGCACAUUGACUCCAGAGUCGCGCGAGGAGCAGACGGGAGCCGGGAUGGAUGCUCUGAGCUCCGCGGAGGCCACGCGCAUGGCCCGGCUCAAUGAGGAGUACAAGCAGCGCUUUGGGUUCCCGUUUGUCAUCUGCGCGCGCAUGACCGACAAGGCGAACAUAUUACGUCAGCUGUCUGAGCGAUGUCAGAACGAGCGCGCGGCGGAGAGGACGCGCGGCAUCGAGGAGGUGAAGAAGAUCUGCCGCUUGCGUCUACAGACGCUCGUGCUCAGUGAGGCUCCCAAUAAGUUAUAAAGGUGGAGUUAAUGCUUGAUUUCUGCUGUCAAACAGGGGCGUGCGCAGGUUUUUGACUGGGGUGGCCAUGCACGGGUGGCAUUCAUCUACACUUGAGUUUAAAUUUCAGCUGAAUUAGAAUUAAAUUAAAUUAAAUAAUGUUAUAUUCAUAUGCGUAAUAUUGUUCUUUUUUCAAUAAUGACAACUGAAUGGCAACAAAAAAGUAGGCUAAGUCUUGUAAAGUUGGGUACAAAGUAGGACCAGAUUUUCUGGUCUGCCCCUUCCACUAAUCAUACACAAGUCCCGAUAUCUGUUAUUGUUUAAUAUUUAAGUCUGUUACCCUAUUAAGUGGGGGAAAUCAUGAGGACAACUGAGGCCUGGGAUCAAAUUGCGGGGUCACCUGAAAGCCCAGUAAAUGUGGCCUCCCCCAGAUCAGUGGUUCUCAACUGGUGUAGUCUCAGGACCCACCACCACCUUCUGAAUGAGAAGUUGUGACCUACAUUUCUCACAUUUUUCAAUCAUAUCCUUCAGACUUUCACCACAUAUUUUUUCCAGAAGCACAUUUACGGCCCACUGAAAAUGGCUUUGAGACCCCUGUUUGGGUCCUGACCCACCAGUUGAGAACCAAGGCACAACAUGAUUAACUAAUGUCAGUGUCUGUAUGCUGAAAAGAACUAGCCUCUUUGCUGACGUUUGACAUGUUCGCCUGUUUCCAAUUAACUUCUAGAGCUUGUAGUUAAUCGAUUGUGAACAAAUCAAUGCUGUAGACAACUACUUUUACCUCUUUUCUUUUUGGCAUCCCAACUUUUGUGCAAGUCCUGGUAUGGCCAACUCUCUGACAUUACUGAACUCACCAGUUUCACUUAAUGGGCAGGCACAUUAUGUUACUAUUUCAAAAUUGGAAAAUAAAUAAAAGCUCAUAUCACUUUAAGAAGAAGUGAAGUUGUUUACAUUUAGGAACAAGCAACAAUAAAUGACUUGUUAAUUUAUUUGCUGUCACAAAUAUGUUAGUAUUUAGGUCAGUGGUUCUCAAAUGGUGUGCCAGGGCACACUAGUGUGCCUUGAGGAAAGUCUAGGUGUGCCUUGGAAAUUUGUACAAUCAUACAUUUCUUAUAACUUUAUGACAAGUACUGUAAUAAGGCACACCAGAUUUAGCAGGGCCCCUGAAAAACCCAGAGAAUGGGUUCUCCCCAGUUGUGAUUUUUGUGAUAUCAUUAUAUGUGUGUUGGAUCAGUAGCAUUAGUGCUAGCAUCCAGGCUAACGGUUACUUCAGUUUGGAGCUGAAAGCCUGGAGAGCUAUUAUUUAUUUAUACUACUUUUAACCAAUUUUAACCCAUUCUUCCCACUUUUUGCCCACUUUUGUCACAAUGUUUUUCAACUUAAACUCAUUUUUGCAGCCUUGACUGUAUUUAAAGAGUCUAGGUUAUGCAAUAAAAUUCGGUGUUAGCCUUGCUUCAGUUGAGGGUGGACCAUGAUUACUGACCUCUACAGUCCCCCUCAUUCAGCUGGGCCCCAGCCUCCCUUUGGGCAACCCUGCACUACUACAUCAGUUUUUCUUACCCACCUCCAACAUUUUAACACAUACAGCCCCCUUCCAGACUGAGUUUUACAAUCUUUCUUUGUGAAUUUUCAGUUUAAAGUCACAAAAGUCAUGUACGGCAUGUUAGUUUUGUUAGCUACCUGAAAAAUCACAGUCCUGCACUGCCUGCUGCAAAAUACACUCAGCCUAUUGGCAAUGAUCCAAAACCAGAACCUGUCCUAUGAAAUAAAUGUGUAAAGUACUGUGUGACAUUUGUACUAAAAAAGAAGAGUGUCUGCCAAUCAGAUUUAAAACUUUCUCCGCGUCGCCCAACGACCUUUGGAAGACUUCCAUCUGAUUGUGCUAUAUUUCUAAUGCAAGUUUUUAUCUAUUAUACUCCCUAAACAGUAAAAUAUCCAUUUAAUCGGUUCUAAUUGAAAAACGCUUCAUGAAUGAAUUAUAUGUUUCUUAUUUAUUGUCAUUAUAAAUUUAAAUAUUUACAUGAUAUUGGCUUAAAUAUAAGUGUACAGCUGGCCUAAUAAUGUGCAUUUCUACAGCAAAUAAACUGGUAUAUACAAAAAAUUAAAUUUGGUUACUCCACACAGUUCUGAAUCCACGUUUCUGUCCCAAAAUGGAGCUUUAACCCCCAGGCCCUCCUAGAGCCCUUUUAGAGCUUUUUGGUCUUAUUUUUUGCUCUUACUUUGGCAGUUAUGCUAAGAUGAUGAUAUUUAGCACAUUCAUUUUUUAUUAUUUUUUUUUAUUUCAUUAUCCACACCGUGUUGACAGACUUUUCCACUCUGUAGACAAAAACUCACACUCUCCCUCCUAAAGCCCUUUUAGGCCUCACUGACUACCAUUAAACCCCCUUAUUUUCAUUCUACUGCCACUGCAAUACAGAAAUAAGAAAUCCUGUUAAUUCCUCUGUAAUUUAGUCAUUCAGAUGUAAAAAUAUUUGCAUACCAAAAAAAUGCCAAUAAAUUUUGCCAUUUUUCAAUGUUUGCAGAGAGGCAUUGUGGGAGAUAAUGGCCUUGUUUGAACUGA